UCACUCAUGGAAACUUUCUUUGGUUGUGAGAGAACCACUUAUCUUUCGCCACAAACAUAAGAUCCCACGACGCACCACAUCUUCUGCACCCUGCUGCCAUCCCCGCUGCUCCACCUCUGCUGCUCCACGGACGCGGGCGUGGGUCACCGUCGGCGCCGCCGCUCGCCGCUUCUCGUCUGCUUCCUGAUGGACAUGAAUGCGGGUCUCCGUAGCCGCUCGCCGUUCGGCUGCUGCCCCACGGACGCGAGCGAGGACUGAAGCUGAGCGCUCGGGCCGGUGAAUUGGGCAUGAGGACGAGGUAGAGCACGAGCGGUGGCUAACUGUGCUUGCGGCAGUGACGGCUAUAGAGCGAGUCUGAUUUCUGGGGCACAUUAUAGCAGGCUGACUGUAAUCAUUCGAUCGUCACUGUAAUGGCUGCCUCAGUGUCCAAUGCCCCCCUACAAAUUCUGGCUUGAGCGUGCAUGAUGUUGCCGACGUGGUAUGCGUGUUGGAUGGAUGAAUAAGGGCACGGCCGACAGGCAUAUGUGUUGUGCAUGCGUGUUGACUCAGUUUCAUUGCUUCAUCGAAUCAAGAGAUAUUUUCCAAGAGGAGAUGGAUCUAGCCAGGUCCUGUUGUCAUGUAAAUAUAUGGGAUUUUUAGGCCCUAUUGCUUGGUCUCUUCUCCAUGGCCACACCAUCGUCGCCCCAAGCCCUGGUGAACUAUUUAUCCUUUUGAUUUAUUUACCUCCAUUUCUCCUCUUUAUUUUCCAUGCUUCUCCUUCAUGUACAGACCUUAAGCUGGGGGUUGAGAAGCACCACAAAGACAGAAAGCUGGCACAAUGCUCUGUGAAAAAAUACGCAGAGUUCAACAGCAAGAAGUUGUUGAUUGUGCUAGAGAUACAGUGCUUCAGUUCCUUCUCGAAUCAGUUUGGCAUAAGAGGUGGAGGAUUGGGCCAAAAUCUUCCUGUUUGGGAUUUCUAUGUUUGGAACCAUAGUCUACGUGGUCAGGUUAAUAGAGUCAAUGGCUGUAAAGGAUUUCGGUGAUGAUUCUGGUGAACGACUGAAUGCCCUGUCUAUCUUUAUCAAUUGCAGAAUUGGUAAACCUCUCAUCUAUGGAGUGAUAUUGAUUUGUCGAGAGCUAUCAAAAGUUUUGCUUCCCAAUUUUAGCCACCUUCACACAUUUUAGAUGCAACACUUGCAAAAGUGAGAUAAAAUUUAGAUGGAUAGCUCAGCCAAGAAAACACAUUUUUUUCUCCUUUGAUUUCUUCUUGUCCAGGCCAGGAACCAUCUUGCGCUCAACCAUAUUCAUGUUCUUUGACUCACUUUUCCAUCAAGGUAAACCCUUCGGUUCCGUUUGUUUU